GAGACGUCUGUGGUGGAGCAGGAGAGGCAGGGCAGAGCAGGAGAGCUGGUCAGCCAGUCACGCAGGCCACAAAAUCAAUCCAAAAAACGACCCAACAGAGAUCCCACACCUCAGUCUAUCCGGGGCUUCCCACAGCCUGCACAGGGUGAUCCGAGCCAGCCGAGGAGGAAACUUCUCUACAGAUUCAUAUGAUGUCCGUUGUGGGCGCCCAGCCUUUCAUCAAACCAAUGCAGACACCAACUUCUAUUUCGCCCGGCAUUCAGAGGAGACACACGCUGCCCGCGAGCGAGGUGCGGCCGCUCAACACGCAAGAUGCCAUAAGCGUCUUUGAGAUCGAGAGGGAAGCCUUUAUCUCUGUGUCAGGAGAAUGCCCCCUCCACCUGGAUGAGGUGCGUCAUUUCCUCACCCUGUGUCCAGACCUGUCCAUGGGCUGGUUUGAGGAGGGCCGGCUAGUGGCUUUCAUCAUCGGCUCUCUGUGGGAUCAGGACCGGCUCACCACAGAAGCAUUGACUCUCCACAAGCCCUGUGGCUCCACAGUCCACAUCCACGUCCUAGCUGUCCACCGCACCUUCAGACAGCAGGGAAAAGGUCCCAUCUUGAUGUGGCGCUACCUGCAGUAUCUCCGCUGCUUCCCCAGUGUGCGCCGGGCCGUGCUGAUGUGUGAGGACUUCCUCAUUCCCUUCUACCGCAAGUCAGGCUUCAAGGUCCUGGGCCGCUGUGCCAUCACCGUGGGCAACCUGACCUUCACAGAGAUGUGGUACCCCAUCCGCGGCCAUGCCUACAUACGCCGCAACAGCGAAGCAAUCCGUUUCCCUCAGCAUCCCCUGACUCUGCCGAUAACAAAGACUGAUGAACGUGUUGAUGUAUGACAGGCUUCUUUGUUUUUUUCACUGAAUGAGGCAGUACAUCUGCACAGGUUAACUUGAAUCGAAAAGGAACAAAAAAAAAAGUUGUGUUGUAAGCUUAGUAGGUUGUCAACCUUUUGGUGACUAUUCAAAAUUGUAAGCUAAGCUUCAGUGUCAGUUCCCCUUUCUAAUGGCCACUUAGUCUUACUCUCCAGACUUCAUUUGUGACUUUACUAAUCAGCAUAAGAAUAUCACCACUUUGUCAUAUCAGAAACAUGUUUAUCUGUGAAGAAAGUGUCACUGUGUUGUUGUGCUAUAAGAAUAGGUAUAUGGAUGUACUACACUGUGAUGUAUUGCCAUGUAUUGCCAUCCAGGCCCCUCAGGUCCUCCGGCACAGGCCUGUUAGUUGUUCCAAAGUGCAGGAAUAAAACCUCUGGUAGCUCUGGCAGCUUUUACCUUUACUGCUUUGAGCUGCUGGAACGGUCUGCCUGAGGAUCUGAGAGCACCUGGACAUGUUGAAAUCUUUAAAUGUAAACUUACAACCUACCUCUUCAGCCUGGCUUUUGCUUAAGAACGGUGUAUAGACAUUUUAUUCACUUAUUUUAUUGUAUUUGUGUUGCAAAGUUGUAUUCUAUUUCAUGUUAUAAUUAUUAACAUUAUUUUAUAUUGUUUUUUAUGCCUCUUGUCGAUUUUAUCUUUGCUUUGUUUUAUCUUGUUCAUCUAUUUUGUCUAGUGUUUUUAGUAGCUUUUAUUUAACUCAUUUUUAUUAUUAUUAUAGCUUUUAAAUCUGUUUUGUUGCUUUUAAAUCUAUCUUAUUGAAUUUCAAUUUCAUUAUUUUCAUUUUUGUUCCAUCUUUUUAAUGUUUUAUUUUAGUUUUUUCAGUCUUGAUCAAUCUUUUUAUCGGUUUGUCAGUCACCUGUGAAGCACUUUGAACUGCACUAACCUGUAUGAAAGGUGCUAUACAAAUAAAGUUUGAUUUAUUGAUUGA